AUGCGCGGUAUUUGUGGAGCAAGUUUAAUGGUUGCAGGAAUUUAUCGUUUUGUGCUUUAUAGUGCAAUGAAUCCGACACUUGUUUCAAGUAAAUCAUGUUUUUACCAGUCAACUGCAUUCCUUGAAAUAUGGUCAAAGCAAGCCUCAAGUGCAGCCAUGUUGGCAAGCAGUGUUGAUCGUUUGUUUAUUGUAGUCAACCCAAUAUUUUAUUUUACCAAGCAGCGAAUUAUUGUAAAGCUUCUUAUCACGUUAUGUAUUGUUACUCCCAGCAUUAUGUGCGGAACGACGACUAUUGUCGAGUUUACGCUUCCAGACCGAUUUGUAGAGAAAAUUUGUGUAUCACAGUUUUUAUUCACAAGUCCAGCACUGCAGUAUAUGGAUGUCGUCCGAACAUUGUUCGCAUCUUUUAGCAUUGCAUUAAUGAUAGCUGUUAUUAUCAUCUUACGCCGGAAACAUCCUGGAAUGAGCAAGUUCCGCGUGACACACAAAGACGGUCUUAUUGCGACGCACCACUUUCUUACUAAACGCCAGCAAAGUUACACGAUCAGUGUGCUAUUAUGCAGUGGUUGUACAUUACGUAAGCAGAUGUAG